UGGUGAGUGGCAGGCAGCGGCGCGCGGCCGCGGCGCUGAGGGGAGAGCGGCCGUUGGGCCUCGUGCCGCGCUGUGGGCCAUGUCGGAGUGGGUGUCCUACUACCGCGGCGAGGGGCCGGAGGAUGGGGAGGACGAGCGGCAGGAGGGGGAGGAGGAGGGGCCUGAGGCGGUCGCGGACUACAAGUUCUCAGGUCGGGACAGCCUCAUUUUCUUAGUCGAUGCCUCCAAGGCCAUGUUUGAGUCCGUCGGGGACGAAAUGACUCCCUUUGACAUGACUAUACAGUGUGUCCGGAAUGUGUAUACCAGCAAAAUUAUUAGUAGUGACAGGGACCUGUUGAGUGUUGUGUUUUAUGGUACAGAAAAGAACAAGAACUUGGCAGAUUUCAAGCACGUCUAUGUUCUUCAGGAGCUGGACAAUCCAGGGGCAAAGCGUGUUCUAGAGCUGGACCAAUACAGGGGAGAUGAAGGACGAGUGCUUUUCCGUGAGACCUUUGGCCACAGUGCUGACUAUUCUCUGGGUGAAGCACUCUGGGCCUGCUCUAAUCUCUUCAGUGAUGUCCGAGUCAGACUGAGCCACAAAAGGAUCAUGCUCUUCACCAACGAGGAUGACCCUCAUGCCAAUGACAGUGCUAAAGCCAAGCUGGCCAGGACCAGAGCUGGUGAUCUGAGAGACACAGGUAUCAUCCUGGACUUGAUGCAUUUGAAGAAGUCUGGAGGGUUUGAUAUCAAUUUGUUCUACAGGGAUAUCAUAAACACAGCAGAGGAUGAGGACCUUGGGAUCCAAUCUGAGGAGUCAAGGAAACUGGAACAUCUCAUGAAGAAAGUACGAGCAAAGGAGACAAACAAACGGACUUUAGUCAGGUUAAAUCUGUAUCUGAACAAAGAUCUUUCACUUUCUGUUGGUGUUUACAACCUUGUUCAAAAAGCUUAUAAACCAUAUCCGGUGAAACUUUAUCGGGAAACUAAUGAACCGGUUAAAACAAAAACAAGGAUGUUUAACGGAAAGACAGGCAGCUUGCUCCUGCCUAGUGACACAAAAAGGGCUCAGACAUAUGGAAACCGCCAGAUUGUGCUGGAGAAAGAGGAAACAGAAGAAUUAAAGCGGUUUGAUUCUCCAGGCUUGUUUCUGAUUGGCUUCAAACCACUUUCAAUGCUAAAACAUCAUCACCAUAUCAAGCCCUCCCAGUUCAUCUAUCCUGAGGAGUCCAUAGUAAGUGGGAGUACAACGCUAUUUAAUGCCCUGUUGAUGAAAUGCUUGGAGAAGGAGGUGAUGGCACUGUGCAGAUACACCGCCCGCCAGAACACCCCUCCUCGUUUUGUGGCCCUGGUUCCUCAGGAUGAAGAAGUGGAUGAGCAGAAAGUGCAGAUAGCCCCUCCAGGUUUCCACAUCAUUUUCCUACCAUAUGCAGAUGACAAACGUAAUGUUGAUUUUACAGAAAAGGUCCCAGCCAGUCGAGAGCAGGUGGACAAAAUGAAGGAAAUAAUUCAAAAACUCCGGUUUAAAUACAGGACUGACAGCUUUGAGAAUCCAGUUUUGCAGCAGCACUUCAGGAAUCUGGAGGCUCUGGCGCUGGAUAUGAUGGAACCAGAACAAGCUGAGGAUCUUACAAUGCCAAAGGCUGAAGAGAUGAACCGCAGGCUGGGCAACCUGGUGGAGGAGUUUAAGCAGCUAGUUUAUCCGCCUGACUACAAUCCUGAUGGGAAGGCUGCAAAGCGAAAACAAACUUCUGAUAGUCAAACUGAGAAGAGGCCCAAGGUAGAAGUCUAAGAUGAGCUGCGGAGUCAUGUGCAGAAGGGCACUCUAGGCAAGCUCACUGUACCUGUUCUGAAGGAUGCAUGCAGGUUUUAUGGGCUGAAGGGUGGGGGGAAGAAGCAGGAGCUCAUAGAUGUGUUAACCGAAUACUUUAAUAAGCAGUAAACAGGAGCAGAAGGCCCUGGUUGACUUUCAUCUGCUUAAAAUUUUGGUUGUCUUAUGUGGGUACUGUGUGUUUAUUCUUGCUAUGGGCAGAAGGCAACUAAAUGUUGCUGAAUCUAGCAGUGGAGAAACUUUUUACUCUUAGUUGUGAAACGUAUCAUCUGCAAAGUUGGAUUCUGUUCACAGUAGCCAAAGGCAGAAUUAAAUUCCCUGCUAACUCAGGUCACCCACUGCAAGUGAACACAGUUAUGCCUUCCUGGUUUCUUAAUAAAAGUUAUUUUGGAUUUCUUACUUUG